AUGACAAAAGACAGGCUAGCGGCCCUGCGGGCGGCCCAGGGGGACAAUGACGACGUUGCCGUCAGCGUCGAGGAGCAGCGGGCUCAGGGAUUCAUGGAUGAUUUCUUCGCCGAGGUCGAAGAAAUCCGGGAAAACAUCGACAAGAUCCAGACAAAUGUUGAAGAAGUCAAGAAGAAGCAUUCAUCGAUUCUCUCCGCGCCGCAGACGGACGAAAAGGUGAAGCAGGAGCUAGACGACAUGAUGGCGGAUAUCAAGAAGACGGCGAAUCGAGUCCGUCAAAAACUCAAGCACAUGGAGCAGAGCAUCGAGCAACUCGAGCAGUCUCAGAUGAUGAGCGCGGACUUCCGCAUUCGCAAAACUCAGCACAGUAUGCUCUCACAAAAGUUCGUCGAAGUCAUGACGGACUACAACAAAACCCAAACAGACUACAGGGAACGUUGCAAAGCCAGGAUACAACGACAACUGGAAAUCACUGGUCGAGUGACGACAAACGAAGAACUCGAAGAAAUGUUGGAGACGGGGAACCCAGCCAUAUUCACACAAGGCAUUAUCAUGGAAACUCAACAAGCAAAGCAAACCUUAGCCGAUAUUGAAGCACGCCACGCCGAUAUUAUGAAGCUAGAAAACUCGAUCAGGGAACUUCACGACAUGUUCAUGGAUAUGGCGAUGUUGGUCGAGUCACAAGGAGAGAUGAUCGACCGAAUCGAGUACCACGUCGAACACGCGCGGGAUUACAUCGAAACCGCCAAACAGGACACCAAGAAAGCUCUCGUCUACCAGAGCAAAGCUCGCAGGAAAAUCAUUUUGCUCCUCGGGCUGGGAUUUUGUCUUCUGAUCGUUCUCGCGAUAAUUCUCUCGACGUCAUUGUGA